AUGUCUACCUCUCGAGGUUUGUUGGGAUUUGGGAGGCGAUCUGGCGUUAAUGCGCCAGAAGCUACAGCAGAUACAUCUGAUGGGUCUGGGACGCAUAUUUCUGGGACUCCCGAGACUCCCCAGGCUUCUAGUAGUUCACGGGCUAGAAGGCCUAGGGGCCCUACAGCUGCCGCUAUCAGAGAGAGAGAGGUUAAGGCACCUGAUGGGAGGACGGUAUUUCAGAGGCAUCCUACGACUGGUGUUUUGUUGGAGCCCACUGGCCUGUCCAAAGCUUGCACGUGCACAUUUAAGAUGUUUGAAAACCCAGGCGGGUACACAUGGAAGUUGACGCCCCCGGCGAUGAAGGAUAAAUUUUUUGAUGAAUUACAGAAAGAGUUUACGUGGCAGCCCGAUGAUGAGCAUGACGUGAGGAAUAUGUGGGAGACAAAAGCCCGCAAAAGGUACUCCGACAUGAUGAGCGACUACAAGACAAAUCUCAAGCAGUGUAUCAGCCAAGGGAGAGAGAUGUCUAGGCCCGUCUGGAUGACUCCCGAUUUUUGGACUGGACUCCGGGAUUACUGGCAUCAGCCCGAGGUUGAGGCUGUUUCAAAUCGAGCUCGUGCCAACCGGAUGUCCGAGCCCGAUGGGGAGGGUACAGGGAUCAGUAGGCACGUGGGCGGGUCCCAGUCGACUCGUAUCCUGCAGCAGUAUAUGAGCUUGGAUCCUGGUACUCCCCAGGAUGCACCGAACUAUGCCACCUCUCCGCCUUCACACGUACGCCGACGGAAGUUAUACGUCGGAGAGAGAUGCUAGAAUUGACGCCGAGGUUCAUCGACUGGCCGCUGCCACAGGACGACAGGAGCGGCUAGACGAGGUGUAUUUGGAGGUGGUGCAAAUUGAUAGGUCACGGAUCUACGGCGUCGGGAGUGCCGGGCAGAGUCAGGCUAGUAGGGGGUCUAUCCGCAGCACGGGCAGUUCUGCGGUGUCUCAGCAGCUUUAUGAGACACGGAUCUCCACGCUGGAGGAGCAAUUGGCGGCAGAGCAAGCACAACGCCAACAAAUGGAGGAGCGCAUGGCGGCAGAGGAAGCACAACGCCAACAGA